CGAGGCGGACCGCGUCACGCUUUCUGCGACGCGCUUGUUAUUUUUUCGCGAGCAGCUCACUUGGCCGUAACGUGUUUGCCAGCAAAUUCUCACACUUGCUCUUGCUUCUCGAUUAGAUAAAAAAAAUUAAAUUAAAUUUAAAAAAGAUGUCCUUCCACGACGACGAACCGACGGACCUCGGGCUGAGCGGCCAGUCCAAGCUGGAGAGCUUCCUGUUCAGCUGCGAGCUGUCCUCCAAAGUCCCGUUCUACACCUUCCAGGGAGAUGAAGAGGAGGACCUGGAGCACUUCCUCGAGCUCAGGACAGUGUGUCUGGGAGACGGGGCCAAGGAGGAGAGCAACGUGGUGGAGGUCACCGCCAUGAACCACCAGGGAAAGACCACCUCGGUGCCCAUCGCCAACCUUCACAUCGGCUGUCUGCCCAUGGUGAGUCUGGGGGAGUUUGAGCUGAAAGCCCCGGUGACCAUCCGGCUGAAGGCUGGCUCCGGACCGGUCAACGUCAGCGGGCUGCACCUCAUCGCCUCAAACGUUGAAGACUCUGAUCUUUCUGACGACGACGAUGACGACGAGGAAGAGGAGGAAGAGAUAACCCCCAUUAAGCCAGCAAAGAAGAAGCUGAAGCAGUAGGCCCCGAGGUCGCCGAUGGGUGUGUGAUGAGGCCCUCACUCACUCACUCACUCACUCGCCAAUUUGUUUUAAGAAACACCGAUUUUUGUACCAGACGGACACACUUUUGCAGAGUUGCUAGGUCUUCCAUGCAGCCACGUGAGCGUGGCGGCGGCGGCUGAACACGCCGUGGGAGGAAGGAACAUCACGAUGGGGCUCUGAUGUUCUUGCCUCUCUUCUCGUGCUGAGUGGUGUAUUUAACUUGCGCCCAAGACAUUCACUUGUAGAAGAAUAGUUUUUUGCUAUGAAAUGACAACUCUGUUUUGUACUGUACGUGAUGCAGCCACAACCGCUGACGUGGAUUUAUUGCACCAGCGCUGGCGACAUCUGUCUUUUACCUCCAGUGGAUUCUGGUUUUGUUCGACGAUACUGUUCAUGUAGAAGUUUAAAGGUGUGUGCGUGCGCGUGUGUGCGCGCGCGCAUGUGUGAGAACUCUUCAAACAGGGAAAAAGAGUUUUCAGCUGAACGGUGCUGUCUCGGAUGAUUUACAUGCGCUAGUGCAUGCAGAUUAUUAAAUGUUUCACUAAAGUA